UUUAAAUAUUCCUAUAAAAGCAAUCCAACUUAUUUGAAAUGCAGCAGUUAAAUGUUUUACUUUUAAUUAGGAGUAGCUUUAUUUAUUCAAAUUCAAAUUCAUUCAUAUCAUUUAGAGUAAGAGUGCUCUUCAAUUACAAAACAAAAGUCAAGUCCUAGUUACACCACUGUCAACACAAAUUCAUAUCAUUUAGAGUAGAGUACUCUUCAAUUACAAAACAAAAGUCAAGUCCUAGUUACACCACUUUCAACACAAAUUCUAUUCUAUUCACUAUACUUAGAGAGUGUUGAUAAACAUUGCGUAUUUCCUUAUUAUUAUUAUCACAUUCAUGUGCUUUUUUACAUAAUACUGCUGACAUUAAUGGUUUCCCUUAAUCCUGGGUAAAAUUUAAAUGCUUAUGCAGUUUUAAACCACUCAAAGUUUAAAUAAAUUAAAAUAUUUAUUCUAAACAUUUCCUUUACAACAUACUUUCAAGAGAAUACAAAUACUAAUCUCACAAUUCAGGAAUGUAAUGAAAUUUUAUUUGGAUCACAUACACUUUAAUUAACUGUAAUUAUAAUUCUAGAUACACUAAUUAUAAUUUUUACAUACUAACUGUAGAGAUAACAUACAUAUUAAGGGGUUAAUGGGUGUAAGCAUAGGAAAUUACCUGUGCAGGAGUGCACCAUAAACCCCAGUAUAUAACCUCGUCUAUAAUAAAAAUAUGAAUACCUUACAUAGAAUGUGUUGCUCAUAUUUUAACAUUUUAAAGGUCAUAUAUAGUUUUACUCAGGCAAUUUUUUUAAUAUUCAAAAUCAUGGUUUCACGUUUUGUGGGGUUGAGAAGAAAUUAAGUGGGUGGCAGAGCUUAUGAUAUUCAUAAUAAAUUUGACAGUAGAUUUGACACCAGUUCUGAAAAUAAAGUAAAAUACAAUGCAAGAUAUAAAUUGAGAGAGUUCAAGUAACACUUUUAAGAGGCUGAUCCCUAAUUCAGUUAAAACAUGUUUCUGAAUUUAUUUUAUUAAAAUUUUACAUGGAAAUCAAAGAACUCUUCAAAAUAAAAAUAAAUAUUUAAUUAGUCUUAUAUUAGUAAACGUUUAACUGUAUUCCAACUAUUUUGAAGGCACACUAUUAGAAAAAUCUACUGUUAAGUUAUCAAUGGAAUAAUUAUGGAUUACUUCCUAUUCCUAUAUUAUUUAGAAUGUGCUAGUUUUUGUGUUGCAUUUCAAAUAUCUAAAGAAAUGAAAGUUGAUGACAAAAUGGAUCACUCAUAAAGGGAUUUGUAUUAAAUAUACAAAUUUAUUAGGCAUGAUCAAACAAAACGUCCAUUACAUACAAAAUGCACUGUCAAAGCUAUUAUAUGAGAUACUGAUUUAUAAAUUGAUAACAGUGAUAAUCUAUUGAGAAUGAGACAGUUUCAAUGUCACCCAACCAGAGAAGACUAUUUGUGCUGAGUGUUAUUCUAUUGCUACAAGGAAGCUGUUCCAGAUCUGUCUUGGACUUUAUUAGGCAGAUCAAGAACAGGAUAUUCAUACCUAGUAAUGUACCCCCACCUACCCAGAAGCCAUACCCAGAAUGCUCUGGGCUCGAUCAAGUUUGCAGUACUUCAUAUGAUUGCUGUAAUUAUUUGGCUUGCAGUAAAUUUAUCCUCUUUGAAUGGAAACGUGUAUGCUACACAGAUUACAUCUAUGAAGAGGUGCCAACUUCUACAUCCGUGGACGACCUUGUUCAAAAUGUAAUGUUGAGGUCAACAUCAUCUUGUCAUCUUCAAAAUUACUUUGCACAGGAUUUCGUUGUUGCAGAACACAGAUUUCUUUGUAACACCUCAGCUGUUUACAAGAAUGACAACUAAGACUAUCUAGGACUAUUUGAAUUUGGGUCAGACUCCUCCCACAUGUGGAAUAGGGUGAGAACUAACAAGCAUCAGUGUUGAUGGCAGUACAAAAGAUACUAACUUACCUGAUCAGAGCCUCUGUUACAAGUUAUCAUGAUGGAUGUCCUCAUUGCAGUAUUGUUGCAGUGAUCUGAUUUAUUGAGGACAUCUCCACUGGCAUAAGUCAACAGGAUCCAUUCACCUAGCAGUUAUAGUAUUUCAAUGUCUUAUUCAACACUGCAUGAAACACAGUUACAGUAGAAUAUGCAAACACGAGAAAUAAUUUUUAUCAGCAGUUUCAUUGUGAUUUUGAUUGCCUUUAAAUUAAAACUAAUAAUUAAUUUGAAUUUUCCUUAUACAGUAUCUUUUUUUUAAUGGGCUACUGUUGUGAUCUUAGAAACUAUAAAUCUGACAGAAAUUUUCUCUUAUUUUUAGAGGCAUUUACUGCCACUAUUUUCCAAUAUAGAGGUCAACUUUACUUUUUCUUACGGAACACUAGAAAACUUAGUUUAAGACUUUAUUUUUCUAGAUAGCUAUUUAUAUUUCCUUUAAUAAUAGACAUAUGAGAGCUUGUGUAAACGGGAAAGGAGAUUUAUUAACAUGACAAGUGUUUUAUCCUUUAUUCAAAGUGUACAUAUAGAAAAUUAUGCUCUGCAAAAA